UUUGUUGUUUAGUACUGGGCUGUCUCCCGACGUGUACGUUACGUAUUGGCGCCGUGGCGCUAUAGCGGUGAAAAUUUGUAACUCUGUGCAAAAGACUGUGCGAAACUGUUGCACAAAAAAAAGAAAAGUAAUUUAGCAUCAAUUUAACGCCUUGCUAGACAAACGAGGUGAACUGAACUGAGCUGAGCUGAGCUGAGUUGAGCAAAACGAUAAAACGGAAAAACGGCGAAACACAUAAGAGUGAGAGCGACAGAGAUGCCUUAUCAGCCAGCGGGCAACAACAGCAGCGGCGGCGGCGUCAGCAGCGCUGGCAGCAAAGCUGCUGCAAAAAUGUCGCAGCUAAAGUUCUGGAACAAGCAGAAUAGCAAACAGCAGGAGAAGCAGCUGCAACAGCUACAAGACUCAUCCGAUGGCUGUGAUGCCGGCCUGGGCAAUGGCAGCAGCGGCAACAACAGCGCCAGCAAUGGCGGCAGCAGCGGUGGCAACUCCAAAGGCGACUCGAAGAGCGGCAAACGUAAUUGGCUGCAUACGCCGGAGCAGCUCAUCAAUGGACAUGCCGUAUAUCUAGUCAAGUUCUUUGGUAACCUGAGUGUGGACCAACCCAAAGGCAUCGAAGUGGUCAAGGACGCAAUACGCAAAUUGCAAUUCGCACAGCAAAUGAAGAAAGCGGAAACGGGAACACAGGAGAAAUUUAAGAAGCUGGAGAUUACAAUUAGCAUCAAGGGCGUGGCCAUUCAGGAGCCGCGUACACAUAAAAUACUACAUCAAUUUCCGCUGUACAACAUCUCGUACUGUGCGGACGAGAAGGGUGUGAAAAAGUUCUUUAGCUUCAUUGCCAAGACAAUCAAGUCGAAAGAUAAUGGCACAACGGACACAAAUGGCUACAAUUCGAAUGGCAGCGCGAAGCCGGAGGAGACGCACGAAUGCUUUGUUUUCAUAUCAAAUAAAUUGGCCUCGGACAUUACGCUGACCAUUGGCCAGGCCUUUGACUUGGCCUACAGAAAAUUCAUGGACAGCAACGAGAAGACAAAUCUAAACAAGGCGCAGCAGCAAAUUGAGCAUCUACAGCAAACAAUUUCAAUAUACAAAGAGCGAUUGCGCGAAUUGUCAAACAAAUUGCCAAAGGCCGAGCUAGAUGCAAUGCUAUUUAAGCUGGGCAUCAAGGAUAUUAUCGAGGUGCCCAACCAGGAGCUGAAUGGCAAUGAAACGCUUAGCAAUGGCAAGCUGGAUGAAGAUAAGCUGCUAAUUGAUACUAACUCGAUGACGGCAUCAUCGACACAUUCGUCAUCCCCCAAUUCGUUCUUGCCAAUCGUGCCGCCCCGGAGCAAUCUGUCCAGCCAGAUGAGCAGCAGCAGCAGCGGCGGAGGCGGUGGAAGCAAGAGCAAUAGCCAGAAAAUGGAUGAGCUGCUCUUGAACUCGGAUUCAGAUAGCGAUUUCGAUCCACGUGCCGAUGAGAUACAGGAUAAUCUUAGCAAUGGGCGAAAUGCCAUUAGCAACGAUCUAUUUGGCUUUGAGCCAUCCAAAAGCUUUGGCCAGCAGCUUUUCUUCAACAACAACAACAGUAGCCUAAAUAACAACAACAGCAGUCUAAAUAACAACAAUAGCAUCAACAGCAGCGGCUUCUCCAGCGAGCUGAACAUUACGCCACCUCUAUUGGCACCGCCGCCAAAGAUUGCGGCACCACGUCGCAGCACCUCGGUGUCCAAUAGCGGCAACAAUGGCCUGAAUGGCAAUACGGAUCUGUUUGGCUCCGAUCCAUUUGAAAUGAACAACGGGCCCAGCGUGUUCAAGAGUCAGCUUAACAUUGAUGACUUCUCGUUGGAGAGUUUGGAUCCGUUGCGCAAGUAAAGUAGGAGGAGGCGGAGGCGGCAGUAGAUCGAAAGCGGUGCUAACUACGCCAUUUGCUGCAAUAUCGAUCGAUCCGAAAGAAAAGUUGUGUUACUAUAUAUAUGAGCGUAUACAGUUU